CCAAUCAUUCGAUUGCUGAUAUAAUUAGCCUUAAAUAUCUUUUAUAUCUUCAAGAAAAUAGUGAUGGAAGAUUUAAUGUAGAAUUUAUUAUAUCAAGAGCACCACCAACGUGGAGAGGCUAUGUAGGAACUGUCGAUGAUAAUUUAUUAUACAAUUGGAUUAGUACAAAUUAUGAUGUUCGACAACCUCCUGAAAUCCCAGAAAGACCAAAUUUUAUGCAAUUACAAUCACCUCAACCACUUAGUACAUUGAUUACAAAUCAUGAAGAACUUUAUAAUGAUAAUUUUAAUCUAUCUGAUGAUCAUAUAUUUACAAUGUCUCCAACAUCUAUUGAUCAAGCUGAAAGUCCUUUAUCUAGGUCUCCAGUCAGGUCACCUGACUUAAACUCUUCUGUUUAUAGUACAACAAAUGCAAUGGUAAUUCUUAAUGAAAGGCAUGAAUAUAUGAAACUUUUAGCAAAUGAUAAUUCACGUCAAUUAAGAGUUAUGGUUUGUGGUCCUCCAGCUAUGAUGGAGAGUGUUAAAUUAUCUUUAAACAAGAUUGGUUUUCCUGAUGAAAAGGCUAUUUUUAUAGUUUAA